AUGUGGAUUCGGGUGAAUGCUGACCAUCUCUGCCAAGGCAACCACCAGUCUGAUGCUAGCUCCUGUGUGUGCGCGUGGAGACCAACGGGCAGACCCCCCACCAUGGAGGGAGAUGGGCUCGCCCGGCUACCCCCACGUGCUGGCAUGGACACAGUCCAGACCACGUUGGACUGGAAUGACUGGAGCCGUUCUUGGAUCCCAGCCCUGCCUGGUCUGUUGGACUACCCAUCGGUCAGGGCGGGGGUGGCGAGAGCUCAUGGAGGGUGGGAAGGUGGCUCUAGGCCCAGCACCCUUCCUGGGGGCCUGGGGGCACUCUCAGCGUUCUAG